AUGGUGUCCCUCUUUAUCUUCUGGACGCUGGUCGCUCAUUCUCUUCUAAUAAUCGCCGCUCAAGAUUUCACGCCUUCGUCCUCCUGGCGAAGCCCGAAUGUAACCACAUCCCAGGAUAACCGUAUCAGCAUUGUCAGUGCUGCCCUGGAGAAAACGCUCGGCUACCUCCAGAGUGAUGGGUCAUUUAAUGAUUCUGCUUAUGGCACACCGGGAGCAUUUUACGCAGAGAUGGCCGAGUUCGACAGGAUAACAAAUCAGACGACAUACAAAGAUGUGUUGAAGAAGUAUUUUCCACUCAUCGAGGCAGAUCGGUCGAAUUUUCUGGACGAAUUCGCCUACGGCUAUGCAGCCGCCCGCGCCUAUGAAAUCUACCAGGACGAAACGUUUCUGAACUACGCUGUCACCUCUUGGACAUCCGCGAGGGCUUACACCCUCUCAGACGCCGACGUUUCAUCCGGGAACACGUCCGUAAAGUCAUUUUCCGUGCAGUCUACGUGCCAAGGCAUCACCAUGGCUGGCGGUACUUUCUGGGAAACGGACUCGGAUAAUCCGAGCAUCGUCGGCUUAGCCACAGGCUCGUUUCUAGUUGUAUCUGCUCUGUUGGCCGAAGCAACCGGCAACGAGACGUAUCUGAACGCAGCCAUCGAAUCAGCGACAUUUAUCCAUUCACAUCUCUAUAAUGUAGAGAACGUGGUCCAGGAUUCCAUUUCUGCCAGAAAGAACGACUCAUGCUCGGUCGGUUCAGGGACGCAUCCAUAUAAUUCUGGAUUGUUCAUCGAGGGCCUGGCCAUACUAACUUCGAUCAGCGGAAACGCGAGCACGCAAACUCUGCUUCAGGAGACCGUAGCAGCUGCAGUGACCAAUGACGCUUGGCAAGGCAACGAUGGCGUCAUUGCGAAUGGGGAUUCCAAGAGUGGCGACCUUUUGAUGAUGCGCGGCCUCGGCGCGGUGUAUUGGCGGAACACUACGUAUUCUGAUAUGCGAAAUUAUGUCAAGGAAUACAUAGGUGUGCAGUAUAAUGCCGUCCUCGAACUGGCGACAUCAAAUGGAACCAAUGUAUACGGUGCUGAAUGGGUCGGGCCACCAAGCUCUGACUUUCAAAGUGACAACCAGACUAUUGCCCUGAGCGUUCUCAUCAACGGCAUACUGCUUAAAGACCAAGAGGCACCUUCGUCAACCUCGAGCUCGGGUUCAAGCUCCGGCUCCGAUUCGAGCUCUGGUUCAGGUUCAAGAUCUUCCAGCCCCACGGGCCCUAUCGCAGGAGGCGUCAUCGGUGGUAUCUCCAUCCUCGCCAUUAUCGGUCUCGUUCUAUUCCUUCGCCGGCGACGACGACGCGAGAAAAUGCGCAGGUCUGUCGUAUUGGACGAUGACUUUUCUCCAUCACCCGUCUCACUCCCUGCACCUACGCCAUUCAUAAUGGCGCCUUUGACCUCCUCGUACUCGAAUUCUGACAGACAGCAACAUUCGCCGACGAGCAGUCAGAGAUCUGAGAAAAUGUCAGCGGGAGGACUUAGUCGUGAGGGACAGUCAUCUUCUAUUGGGGAGAAAGCAGCUCUUCUGCAUGCUCAAUCAACCGCGAUCUUGCAAGAAAGUGCCACCAGACCGUCGGAGCCGCAACCACCAGUGCCGGAACCCGUGGCUGGUCCGUCGAACGAGCAGCCACAGAGGGUUGAUCUGCCCACAGAGGAGUUGGUCAGACUGUUAAAUGAGAGAUUGCAAGCAGGGGGCGAAUGGGAUGAGGAUGAGCUACCGCCAGAAUAUCAUCGCGAAGCCCGGAUAUCUUGA